GUACAUGGGGUACGUGGUGACUGCGGAGUGCACUUAUCAUGUUCUUGCUAUAUUACCUAGUAAUGUACCAAAAGUUAGCGGCCGCUACUUUACCGAGCGCCAUUUUGAUCGCAAAGUGAAACAUUAAAAGGAAUUGAUGAGGUUCAUGUCUGGUAAGACGCUGUUAUAGUGCCAUUUCUUGGCCUUGCCACUGUUCUGCUAUGGUUACAUUUCCGAGUGAAGACUGUAAUAGUUUUGCUGCCAAUUAACUUAGAUCACCAAUUGCAGAGAUGGCUGAUGAUGUAACAGUGGAUCCUUCAUUGCGGAAAAAGUUGGAAGAUAUAAAGAUAUCCGACGAGCCAUCGACGGUAAUGGCCGGUUCAUCAAAGGUUAAAGAGCCGAUGGGACUUAAGACAUCACUCCAUCCACAGAAAGAGAUGUCUGGUUCAUCCCAGGUCAAAGAGCUAACAGAAGGAAACCUUAGAGGACAGUCACCUAUACAAGUCAAAUUGCCAAGCGAGUUGAAUGACGCCCUUUCCGACACACGGAGACUACAUGUUUUUGAUCUUUCUGGAUGGUCUGUGUACAAGACUCGACACGGAAGCAUCGUUGGCUACCUAACGCUUAAAAAUAAAACUAGUAAUAGUGGAUUACUAUCGGACUGGACUCAAGGCGAGGUCUCUGUUAUUAGAUAUGAAAUUGAAUAUCAUAGGCAAAUAUCUUGGACUAUCGAUGACGACGGAGCUUGGAUAGUAUUUGAAAGCGAUUUACCACUAAAUCUCCUAGAAAUUAUCCCUGCACUGGUCCCAUUGUGUCAAAAAGUGGAACAUAUUACCACUUCAGGCUUUGACAAGGAUCUGGAAAGUGAUACGCAUGGAUCACAACCUAUCGUUCCAAUGAGAUCUGUCCUCGCCGUUUGCCUUCACGCAAUUGUUGCAUCACUCCAUGACUCAUUACAGAUCGUCAGUAGGUGUUUUCCAAAUGCAAAGAGUCUUGUGCUGGAUUGCGAAUUCGCAUUAUUUGAAUCCGCUUCCAGACACCACUCUGGCAUCCCGCUGUCUUCACUGAGAAGAUUGGAAUUACGUAUCCGACGUUACUGCGGUACUCUUGACAACCUCUUUCUCUUGCUUUCUUCUUUCUGUCAAAACAUUGAAUUCCUCACCGUCACAAGUUAUAGAACUCUCAAAUGGGAGAAGUCAAGGACAGCCAUUACAGAAUGUAAAUUACCUAAUCUGACUGAUAUCCAUCUUGAAUCUCGUUGGUAUGACGAGCACUAUGCACUCCAAAUGAUAACAGACUUACUACACUUAGGUCGUACGAUGAGUCCUAGUUUGAAAUUUGUCAAAGUAAAAAAUGUAGAGCUAGGAGAUGUAGUAAUGAAGAGUGUUGAAUGGUCCCGUACAUCAUCAGAUUGUGGGUUGCAGAUUCAAGGUGCAUCACUACUCCCAGAAGAGUUGGUUUUUAGAUACGCAUUGCGAAAGUCAGCGGCUGUACCCAUAACCGAGUUAAUCGAUAUUACAACCAGUGAAUUUAAAGAGGUUACUGUCCUUACACUUGUCAGUUGCAAUAUUGAUAUUGGGCAGUCUGAACGUAAGUCCCCUCAAAGCCCGAAGGAACUUGGUACACUGCGGGAAAUCAGGUUCGUUGGUUCAGAAAACCCACUUUCCGAAUCUGACAGGAACAAACUUUCGGAGUUGUAUCCUAAUGUCAAAGUGACUGAAAAACAGGAGAGUCAGGAAUCAUCUGAAGAAUCUCAGGAGGGUGCAGGGAUACCUUCCAAGUUGGACAAAGCCUCCUCUCAAUCACUAAAAACAUCUGCCAUAGAUGAACUUGUUGAGGAAAAGGUCAAAUUUCAUGUAGAUACAGCGUCACAGAACCUUAAAGGUGGAGAAGAAGAAAUCUCAUGGCAAAAAAAAGGAGAGGAAUUUGACGUCAACAAAGGAAGCCUGUCAAAUGAAUCAGCACCCGAUGAAGGAAAUAUUGAACCAAUCAAGAAGGAAUGCUGCAAGACAGUUGGAGCUGAUGGGGGCAAACUUCAGCUAGAAUCCUUUGGGAUUGAACUUGAGAUACCUCCUGGUGCAAUCGACAGUAAAGAGCCACAAGAAAUCUCUCUUCGUGUCCUGACCGAUACUCCUAACCUUGGUGACACAAAAGACGAGAUGUCAGUCUGCUUUGGUGUACAGUGCUUAGCUCCUGAUGACUUAGUCCUGAGAUCACCGGUGACUUACACAAUACCUCAUUGCGCUGUUGCAACACUGUACUCCAGAUUAGAGGCAGUCCUUUACACAGGAGAGGGAGAAUAUAUACCGGAUGCAGAAGUCAAGGCGAGAAUCCUUUUAAGAAAUACAGGACUUCCAAACUGUAUCAUCGAGAGGGGUGUUCUAAGAUUGCAGAUAGAUCACUUCUCCUGGAUUUACAUCAAAUUCAUCAAGAAUUUGUUCUUCAGAGGGAAACAAAUGUGUUGCUUGCCAUUUGCAGAAAAGCCACUACCAGAAGAGAGAAUGUCGGUCAUCAUGCGUGUACAUCUCUUUGACGACCUUACGGGGGGAAAAAAGAUGGUAGUGCAGGAAGAAGAGGACAUAGGAUUUGCUCGUAUUCACCCUGCUACAGAAAUCCCAAUCAAUGUGACAGAAGAGGAUGUCACAAUGACUUGUUUCCUUGAGAACGAUCGUGUUGGAGAGGCAAUUGUCGAAUACGACGACUUAUGGAGAGGUAAAGAUAGGAUGGCUUCUUUCAAGUUGGACCUAACCAAUCAACCCGAUAGAGUUAUUGUGGACCUGAAAGUGGGUCAGAAUGGACAACGGCAGAGAGACCUAACUUGCGUAUUAAAGUUUGCAUCACACUGCAGAUCCUCUAGCUUUCAGCCCCACGACAUAGGACAACUAGAAGGUGCUACAGGUCAAACGCCACUUCAACAAACAGAAGCAACUCCAGAAUUACCUGAAAGAGAAGUGAUAGAUCGUGACAUCUCCAGGCUAGCCAGACUCCUCCCUCACGAAAAAUACAGUGAGCUAUGCCAGCAAUUGGGAUUCGAAUACAACUACACACAAAAAAUAUUGGUCAGAAAUUCACAGGACUUUAAGGCUGCUUUCGAAGAUGUGUUACAUGAAUGGAAGGACAAAGAUGGAUCCAUGGUAGAUCUGGAUAGAGCACUAAGGAACUCAUACCUCGGAGGACUCAUAUGUAAAUAUAAGAAAUGAAAUGCCAGUAAGCAGUCAGGGACAUAUGGGAAUGGGACAGACAUGUGUCAAAUGGAUAGAAAUUCGGUUCCAUCGGCAAGGAGCUCUAGCAUGUCUGGGGCGGGAAGCCGACUUUCCAUAUCUAGCAAAGGGGGAAUCCAUCCUGAUGACAAUUUAGAAAGU